AUGUCGCUGUCAGUUUACAGUAGUCUACGGAGAGCUGCUGUCCAGGUUCUGGAGCUGAGGAGAAGAGCUGCUGCACGUCGCCUCUGCACCACUCCGGAGACGCCACAUGGUCUGGCAGAUGCAGACACCAUAUAUGCCCUGUCGUCUGCUCCGGGCAGAUGCGGCGUGGCCGUGGUCAGGGUGAGUGGUCCGGCAUCUAUCAGUGCUCUCAAGACCAUGGCCGGGUUCAGGGCCGGUCCCCCUGCCCCCCGGGUGGCGUUGUUACGCAGCAUCUGCCACCCCAGGACUGGAGAGGAGCUGGACCGGGGCCUCGUCCUGUGGUUUCCAGGUCCACACAGCUUUACUGGGGAGGACAGCGCUGAGUUCCACAUCCACGGGGGUCCGGCUGUGGUCACUGCGCUUCUGCAGGCUUUAGGAAGUGUGGGAGGCACACGGCCCGCUGAGGCUGGGGAGUUCACACGGAGGUCCUUCCAAGCAGGGAAGCUCCAACUCACCCAGGUGGAGGCUCUGGGGGACCUGAUCCACGCUGAGACCGAGGCCCAGCGGAGACAGGCUCUGAGGCAGAUGUCCGGAGAGCUGGGGCGCCUGUACCAGGACUGGAGCCGCUCUCUCAAACGGUGCCUGGCACAUGUGGAGGCCUUUAUAGACUUCAGUGAAGAUGAGCUGAUCGAGGACGGGGUCCUGGACCAGGUGGAGCUCUCCGUGUGUGAGCUCCUAUCGGCCGUGGAGAGCCAUCUCCAGGACAAGCGGCGUGGGGAGAGGCUCCGCAGCGGCGUGCAGGUGGUCAUAGCCGGACCCACCAACGCUGGGAAAAGCAGCCUCCUCAACAUGCUCUGUAAGAAACACUGUUCACCUGAACCAUGGGAACUCUGCUGA